UACGCUUUGCUUAUUGUUGACAGUGCUACAGCUUUAUACCGUACAGAUUACUCAGGUCGUGGUGAAUUGUCUGCUCGACAAAUGCACUUGGCCCGGUUUCUUAGAAUGCUCUUAAGAAUUGCUGAUGUACAUGGUGUUGCUGUUGUCAUUACUAACCAAGUCGUAGCUCAAGUCGAUGGAGCAGCUAGUAUGUUUGGUGGUGAUCAGAAGAAGCCCAUCGGAGGUAACAUUAUUGCUCACGCAAGUACUACUCGGCUCUAUCUGAGAAAAGGUCGUGGAGAGACAAGAAUUUGUAAAAUUUAUGAUUCACCUUGCCUUCCGGAAGCAGAAGCCAUGUUUGCUAUUAAUGCAGAUGGAAUUGGAGAUGUUAAAGAAUAGUAUUAUUACUUUUUUUCACUUAUUAAUUUCGCUAUUAAUACUUAAAAUUUUCUCAUUAAUGUUUUUUAUUCACGUGUCUUUUUUUAUUCACUUUGUUCAACGAGACUUGAACGAUGUCUCUAAAUAAUGAAUAAUAAAAGACUCAUGACUCAAAAACAUUUUUUCAAUUAGAUACUUAUUUUUUCAUGUAAAGUUUCUAUUAUUCCAGUUAUUAAAAUGAACAAAUAAUUUUCUAUUAAAAUAA